CAGCAUGGGCAGUCACAACAGCACCAGCAAGUCCAACAACAACAACAACCUGUGCCGCAAGCGUCCGAGACAAGAGUGACCAAGGGCAAAUAUUCCCUUGCCGAUUUCGAGAUACAACGGACACUGGGCACAGGAAGUUUUGGGCGCGUCCAUCUAGUGCAGUCGAAGCACAACCAGCGGUUUUAUGCUGUAAAAGUGUUGAAGAAAGCACAAGUGGUGAAGAUGAAGCAAGUCGAACAUACGAAUGAUGAGCGCAAAAUGCUAGGCGAAGUCAAGCACCCGUUCCUCAUUACCUUGUGGGGAACUUUCCAGGAUUCCCGGAAUCUCUACAUGGUGAUGGAUUUCGUCGAAGGUGGAGAGCUCUUCUCAUUGUUAAGGAAAUCAGGGCGCUUCCCAAACCCUGUCGCGAAGUUCUAUGCGGCAGAAGUUACUCUGGCGCUAGAAUACCUGCACGAAAAAAACAUCAUCUACAGAGAUCUAAAACCGGAGAACUUACUUCUAGACCGCCAUGGCCACCUCAAAAUAACGGAUUUUGGUUUUGCCAAGCGAGUUCCAGACAAGACCUGGACGCUGUGCGGUACUCCCGACUACCUAGCCCCAGAGGUUGUUAGUAACAAGGGGUACAACAAAUCAGUUGAUUGGUGGUCAUUGGGCAUCUUGAUCUACGAGAUGCUGUGUGGUUAUACUCCAUUCUGGGAUAGCGGCUCGCCAAUGAAGAUCUAUGAAAACAUCUUGAAAGGAAAAGUUAAGUAUCCUCAAUAUGUUCAUCCCGAUGCGCAUAAUCUUCUGGAGCGACUCAUCACGCCCGACUUGACGAAACGACUGGGCAAUCUCUACAGCGGGCCGGCAGAUGUCAAGAAUCAUCCCUGGUUUGCCGAAGUUACGUGGGAUCGACUAUCGAGGAAAGACAUUGAUGCUCCAUACACACCUCCAGUGAAGGCUGGUGCCGGUGACGCAAGUCAAUUCGAUAGGUAUCCUGAAGAGACAGAAAAGUAUGGCGUUGUGGGCCACGACGAGUACGUCCCCCCUCCCUCCCUCUGGGUAAAUCUUAUCUUGCUGACAAAGCUUAGAUUCGGACAUCUUUUUGGGGACUUCUGA